UUUAUAUAACAAUUUUAGUGAAACACUCAAAUAAUGUCAAAAUUGAUUGUGUUGUUAGGAUUGGUUGGUCUCUCUAUCGGAGCCAACAUUGAGCGAAGACAUAUCGGUUUGGGAUUAUUUGGAGGUCUCGGCGGUAGUGCCGGCACAGGAGGUCUGUUUGGUGGGAUCGGAAAGGGUUUGGGAGCUAUCGGUGGCGGCGCCGGAGACCUGGUUAAUAACGAAGUUAAAUUUGGCACUAAUUUAGUCGGAAAUGUGGUGAACCCAACCGGUGAUUUCUUGAACUCGACGGGCGGUGUUGUGAGCAAAGCUGCCGGAGCUAUCGGCCGUGCGGCUUCCGGUGCCGCUAAUAUUGUAGGCCAAACGGCCGGUUCAGUGGCCGGUAGUGUUGGCGAUGUGGCCAAAGCCGACAUUAAAUGGAAAACUGAUUUAGCCGGUGUUGGUUUGAGUGCUAUGACUGAUGUAUUGAAAUCAAAGGGCAAUUUCAUUAACAAUAUCGGCUCAUCAAUUGGUGGUGUAUUCAAAGAUGGUAAUAUCCUUAAGGCUGGCAAAGGCAUUCUGGGCGCCGUUACAGGUCUGGCCGGCGACGACAUCAAGAUCAUCACCGGCAGCGCUAAUGGUGCUUUGGGAGCCACCAGUAAUUUGUUGAACAGCGUCGGUGGUGCGAUUGGAAAUAUUUCCCGCUCCGUUGGAAGUGCUGCGCAAAACAGCGCUAAUCUCGUGGGCCAAACAGUUAACACAGUUGCCGGCGCUGCCGGUGAUUUAGCCGCUGCUGAUUUCAAACUCAAAGGCGAUUUAAUCGGAGGUGUAUUGGGCUCAAGCGGUGCCGCAUUAAAAGGCAAAGCCGAUGCCAUCGGUAAGAUUGGCGGCGGUGUGGGUGAUGUCGUUAGCGGUGGUGUCGGUGCCGGUACCGGACUGGCCGGCGGACUCGGCGGUGCCGUUGGCAGUGGAAUAGGCGGUGCCAUUGGUAGUGGUAUUGGCGGUGCCAUCGGAGGUGGUGUUGGCGGAGCAGUUGGUGGUAGUGCUGGCGGAUCCAUUGGCAUUGGCCCUAUUGGUGGUGGAUUGAUCCUUGGUUAA